CUCCGCCGUAAAAUAAGAGUUAUAGAGAGAAAGAAGAGGAGGAGGAUGGAGAAGAUGCAAAGUCUCACCGCCGAUGACUCGUCUUUCUCUCCCUCGCCGACGCCGUCGUCGUUCGCGAGCUUGCGAGCAUACUGGCGGGCGCUGGCGGAGACGCCCCGGCGGCUGCGGCGGCGAGCCGGAUCCGUGACGACCACCUCCGAGGAGAUGAGCCGCGUCCGAGCCCGAUCGGGCACCGAAAUGAAUCGGUGCCUGAGGUGGCCGGACCUCGUCGGCCUCGGGAUCGGCGGAAUGAUCGGCGCCGGUGUCUUCGUCGCCACCGGCCGCGCGGCCCGGCUCUAUGCCGGCCCCGCCAUCGUGCUCUCCUACGCCAUUGCCGGCCUCUGCGCCCUCCUCUCCGCCUUCUGCUACACGGAGUUCGCCGUCGAUAUGCCCGUCGCCGGCGGGGCCUUCACCUACCUCAGGGUCACCUUCGGGGAAUUUGCAGCGUUUUUGACGGGGGCGAAUCUGAUAAUGGAGUACGUCUUCUCCAACGCGGCGGUCGCCCGGAGCUUAACCGCCUACCUUGGCACCGCCAUCGGGGUGGACACCACCGCCAAAUGGAGGUUCACCGUCGCCGUCCUUCCCUCAGGCUUCAACCAGUUCGAUCUCCUCGCCGUGGCCGUCAUCGUCCUCAUCACGGUCUGCAUAUGCUGCAGCACGAAGGAUAGUUCGGUGCUGAACAUGAUCCUGACGGCGAUCCACAUCGCCUUCAUCCUCUUCGUCAUCGUCGUCGGGUUCUGGCUCGGCGACGUUCGCAACCUGACGCAUCCGGCGAAGCCGGCGGAGAGCCCUGGAGGCUUCCUGCCCUACGGGGUGGCCGGGGUGUUCAACGGCGCCGCCAUGGUCUACCUCAGCUACAUUGGUUACGACGCCGUGUCCACCAUGGCGGAAGAGGUGCGCUGCCCGGAGCGCGACAUCCCAGUCGGCGUCUCCGGCUCCGUCGCCGUCGUGACGGUCCUCUACUGCCUCAUGGCCGCCUCCAUGGCCAUGCUCGUGCCCUACGACGCCAUCAACACGGAGUCGCCUUUCUCGGCAGCUUUCUCCGGAUCUGACGGCUGGGCAUGGGCGUCGUAUGUGAUCGGAGCGGGGGCCAGCUUUGGCAUCCUGACGUCACUACUGGUCUCCAUGCUGGGCCAAGCGCGCUACCUGUGCGUCAUGGGGCGGUCCAACGUCCUCCCCACCUGGCUCGCUCAAGUCCACCCGAAGACUGCUACGCCAGUCAACGCCUCUGCUUUACUAGGUAUUUUCACGGCGUCGAUCGCGCUCUUCACCGACCUCGACGUCCUCCUCAGCCUCGUAUCCAUCGGCACCCUCUUCGUCUUCUACAUGGUCGGCAACGCCGUCAUCUACCGCCGCUACGUCUCUCCCGAUGUCUCCGCCACCAGCCCCUGGCCGACCCUCUCCUUUCUCCUAGCCUUCUCCUCCGCCGCUCUCGCCUUCACCCUGAUUUGGCAGCUGGCUCCGGCCGGCUCUGCCAAGGCAGCGCUCCUCUGCGUCUGCGCCGCCGCGGCCAUGGCUGUCCUCCAGGCGUUUCACCUCCUGGUGCCGGAGGCCCGGGAGCCGGUGCACUGGGGAGUGCCGCUGAUGCCGUGGAUCCCGGCAGCCUCCGUCUUCCUCAACGUCUUCCUGUUAGGGUCGCUCGAUGGGCCGUCGUAUCUGCGGUUUGUCAUCUUCUCGGCAUUCGUCGUCGUCGCCUACGUCUUCUACGGCGUGCAUUCCAGCUCCGACGCAGAGGAGAAUGGCAAUCUACUUCAUAGCAUCCACCACGCAGGAAGAAGAACUUGCAGUAGCUCACAAUUAGUGUGACUUAGAAUUUAUUUAUUUUUCUUCUUUUUCAAUUAUUUUUGCUUUGAUUAGAUGUGGAAUAUUGUAACAAAAGAAACACAUUCAAAAGAGAAGAAAAAAGAAAAAGAAAAAGAAAAAGGGGAAAAAAAAACAAUCAAAGACCUCUUAAGUUAUUUUGUAUAAUUUCAAGUCAGGAUUUUUGUUUAUGGUUCUUGUCUUGAAUCAAGUCCAUGCUAAUGAAG